GAAAGAAAGGAAAAUGGGCCAGUUUUGUUUCUAGUUUCAACCUACACUGAUGGUGUACCACCACUAACAUGUAAAUGGUUUUGUCAGUGGUUACAUGAAGCAUCCAAUGACUUUAGAGUUAACAAAUCAAUUCUUGCUGGAAUGAAGUAUGCUGUGUUUGGUCUUGGCAAUUCUCUCUAUUCUGAUAAUUAUAAUACAGUUGGCCGGAAUAUAGAUAAGUGGUUACACAAAUUGAGUGCAUCCCGUGUCUUCCCAUUCACUGAAGGUGAUGAAAAUGUUGCACAAAGCAAGCAAGGGAGUCUUAAGCUAGAUUUUGAUUCCUGGAAGAAUGAUAUAAUUAGUAUAUUGGUAUAUUUGUUAAAUGAAAGUGAUGACAAAGAUGCUUCAAGCACUCCUCACUUUGCCGAAGAUUCAGAAAGUGAAAGUGAGGAUGUUGAGAACAGUGAAAGUGAAGAAGAUAAAGAAGAAGAUGAUGUUGUUGAUGUCGAAGAUGUUGGAAAAGCGAUGUCAAAAUAUCCUCUUCAUACAAAGUCAAACAAUGUUAAUGGGGUUUUGGUAAAAAGGAAAUCAACAAAAGCAAAAAGAGAAAUGAUAACACCUGAACUAUCUAAAUCACUUACAAAACAAGGUUAUCGACUUGUUGGUUCACAUUCUGGAGUUAAAUUAUGUCGUUGGACAAAAUCAAUGUUGCGUGGACGUGGAGGAUGUUAUAAACAUACUUUCUAUGGAAUUGAAAGCCACAGGUGCAUGGAGACAACACCAAGUUUAGCUUGUGCAAACAAAUGUGUUUUCUGUUGGCGGCAUCAUUCCAACCCUGUGGGAACAGAAUGGAAAUGGAAAAUGGAUUCACCGGAUAUUGUUGUGAAAGGAGCAGUGAAUAAUCAUUAUGAUAUGAUCAAACAAUUUAAAGGAGUACCUGGUGUUAAACCUGAGAGAUUUGCUGAAGGAUUUUCCAUAAAGCAUUGCGCUCUCUCAUUGGUUGGAGAACCUAUCAUGUACCCAGAGAUCAAUAAAUUUGUUCAACUUUUACAUGAAAAGGGCAUAUCGUCAUUCUUGGUGACCAACGCACAAUUUCCUGAAGCUAUCACCAACUUAAUACCUGUCACUCAACUUUAUGUCAGUGUUGAUGCAGCAACACAAGAAUCACUUAAGAAAAUUGAUCGUCCCUUGUUUAAAGAUUUCUGGCCCAGAUUUAUAAAAAGUUUAAAAGCUUUAUCUGCUAAAGGUCAACGAACUGUUUAUAGACUGACAAUAGUUAAAGCAUGGAACAGUGAUGAGAUUGAAGCUUAUGCUAACCUUGUUUCUCUUGGAAAACCUGAUUUUAUUGAAGUUAAAGGUGUUACAUUUUGUGGAGACAGUAAAUCAAGUGAUGGAUUGACUUUGAAGAAUGUACCUUGGCAUGAAGAAGUUGUUAAUUUUGUUGAUCAACUUGCACAAAUGUUAGAUGGAUAUGAAAUAGCAAGUGAGCAUGAACAUUCAAACUGUGUGCUACUUGCCCAAACCAAGUUUAAAAUAUCAGACGGUGGGUGGAACACUUGGAUCGAUUAUUCACGUUUUCAUGAAUUAUACCAACGCUACCAAGCGACUGGGGAAUGUUUUACUGCUCUUGAUUACAUGAAGAAAACUCCUCCAUGGGCUUUGUUUGGUGCAAAGGAAAGGGGGUUUGAUCCAGUUGAAACUAGAUGGAGACGUAAAGAGAAAGUCACCCAAGGUUGUUAAAAUAAAAAUCAACCACUCCGCAUUGAAGUCGGCAUUUUGUAGUACCCGCCAAAACAAUUUAUUUAAAUAAACUGGAAGCAUUUUGGUAUGUUUUAAACUAACUUUUGUCCUAGUUUUUAUUAUGGUGUAGCGUUGGUCCACCUUUCCAUUAUUUGAACAUCUUAGUUCGCAUGAUCAUGUUAAAAGAAAGCAAUGCUGAACAUGCACAAAAGAAUUAUGUCAGGAUUUAGACGAAACAGUGAUUUAAAGCGCCUAAACACACCCCACGUCACUUUUAUUUUUUAUGGUAAAUUCAUGAAGCGACUGUUUUAUUGAUUCCAAAAAUACUUUGCUUAUUAAAAUUGGUCCAGUAUAGGCGUAGAUAUUCGUCCUCAAACAGUGAUCUCUAGCGCUAUCCUUUUUUUACUACGAGCUUCGUGAUUGUGACGUAGGAACGUACUAGUCACGUGACUGAUUCAUUUGUAAAAGCGAAACCUGUGUUUUUUUUUUGUUCUCUCGUUUUUCGCUAAAAACACUGCCUCUCGCCUUUCUCAGUGUUUCUGAAUGAGAGCGGCCACGCUUCAACAAUUUUGUGACGUGAUUUGUCAUUUGGGUGGUACACUUAAUUUUUUCGCCACGCAACUUUCAAAUCAGUUUUAUGAAUUUCACGGUGUUUGAGCUGGAAUAUCUUUGGUUAUACAGAACCGAUUAAAACAAGUAAGGUGUCGUUGGAAUUAGAAAAACACACUCUAUCUAUUAAAGCGAUGUACAUUUGAGUGUGUUUAGGCCCUUUAAGAGGGAGUGACAUAUUCACAUAUAUGCGGUCUAAUUAAGUGUUUCUUGCCAAACAGUUGUACUCUGGGUUGUUUUGCCCACAACAUUGUUUUACCCAUCAAAUUUUGUCAUACUUUUUCUUUAAAAACGUUUGAUGUCAUAGCUGCGUAACAUAUUCUGCAACACUCACAAAAAAAUUAGAAUAGCUGUCAUUUAUUUGUGAUAUCAUGAAUUUGUACCAUCAUGCUUUUAUUGAUCAACAACUCUCUAAAGUUAAACGACAAAUAAUAAAUCAUGUUAUUGGUA